AUGCUGAGAGCUUUUCAGCGCUCGGUGGUUGUGGGAGCUGACCUGGACGACUGCCAGGGCGCAGUGCGAGUGAUAAUGCCGAUGCGGCCGCCGCGCUUGCGGGGCGCCCUGUGCAGGUUUAUGCACCAUUUGGUCCGCGGCGGGUUCCAGCCGCGCCUUCCGACUUCGCUGCCGCCCCCAGGGCAGCAGCAGCAGCAGCAGCCGUCGCCGCUACCACGCCGACAGCCCGUCCCGUUGAUGCCUCCCGCGCAGCUUCAUACGGGAGCGCCCCGGGUGGUCGCUCCGGCGCCUGCGGUCCCUCUUCAGUCGCCACCGCCUUCGGAGCAGAUGGACGUCGACCCCUCAGCCGGGCCGCCUUCCCAAGCGGUGGCUGUGCAGCCUGUACUGCAGCCGCUUUCCUUGGGCACCCCCAAGGAGUCUGACACCGCAGCGCCUUGUCCGGCGCCCACUCAGCAGCCGUCGACACAGCUCGGUGUUUCCCGAGGCCCCGCGCAGCCAAUGCUGGGGUGCGGACCGGGGACUGCCACCGACAACAGUCUCCGCCCCGGUCUCUUCUGCUACGCCUGCGGCCAGACCCCUCCCCCGCCGUCGACGCUCGCCACGUCAUUAUUCAGCGACGGUGCGGCGAUUUGCGGGGGAGGAGUGUUAUAUCCUAGCCAGUAA